GAAAGAUACUUUAUUGGGCAUCCCGCAAAAAAAUAUUUAAAAUGACAGCAAAUCCAUGACAUCACUCCCCCACUCUAAAUAUGAGGGACUAUUUUAUAUUGCCCUUUCUAGCUUUUCCAACACACCACUGGCCCUCAACUUGUCCUGGUAUUGACCCCCGUAGAGCAAACGUCCGAUUCACAAAGUGAGCGAAAAUGAGUGGGAAAACCAAAGCAGAGCUGGUGUUCAUUCCCUCUCCCGGAAGAGGCCACCUACUAGCAACAGUGGAGAUGGCAAAACUGCUAAUCGACAGAGACGAACGCCUCUCCAUAACUGUGCUCGUUAUCAAGCCCUCUUUCGAUCCUAAUAGCAGCGCUCAUUCCUAUUCCCCGGAAUCAAAUUCCAGGAUUCGUUUCAUAGACAUUACAAACGUCAACUCCCUGUCGAUGUCGAUGAGCUCCCCCUUGACCUUUCUUGAACAAUUCAUCGAGAAUCAUAAGGAUCCCGUCAGAAACUCGGUGACUCAAAUAGUCCAUGAUUUUGGUCCAAACUGUGGGCUAGCCGGAUUUGUGAUCGACAUGUUUUGCACUGCCAUGAUUGAUGUGGCCAAUGAGUUUGACGUUCCGACCUACAUGUUUUUCACGUCGGGGGCUUCAGCGCUGGGGCUUAUGUUCCAUUUCCAGGGCCUGAGAGAUUAUCAAAAUCAAGACGUGACUCUGUACGAGAACUCAAGCGAGGAGCUGUGCAUUCCCUCGUACAAACUCCCUGUCCCUGCCAAGUUAUUGCCUGCUUUAAUGUUUGAUAAGGAUGGUGGCAGCACGAAGUUUCUCGAUCACGCCAAGAGAUUCAGAGAAACUAAGGGAAUCGUUCUAAACACUUUCCUGGAGUUAGAAUCCCACGCGAUGAAGUCCCUUUCGGAGGAUGACAACAUCCCACCAGUUUACUCGGUCGGACCAAUACUUCAUUCACACGAUGAAAAUGAUCGCAACCCCAAGUAUGAAGAGAUCAUGAAGUGGCUUGAUGAGCAGCCUGAUUCGUCAGUGGUCUUUCUCUGCUUCGGGAGCAGGGGAUGUUUCGAUGACAAAAACCAGGUGAAGGAAAUUGCGGUGGCACUCGAAAAUAGUGGACACCGAUUUUUAUGGUCCCUGAGGAAGCCUGCGAAUGAACACAAAUUCCGGACUCCAGGCGAGUACGAUAACCUUGAAGAAGUAUUACCAGAAGGAUUCCUGGAACGUAAUGCUGGCAUCGGGAAGGUGAUCGGGUGGGCGCCUCAAAUUGCCAUUUUGUCCCACCGUGCUGUCGGAGGUUUCGUAUCACAUUGCGGAUGGAACUCGACACUGGAAAGCAUGUGGUGCGGAGUGCCGAUGGCGGUGUGGCCGUUGUCGGCUGAGCAGCAAAUGAAUGCUUUCCAGUUGGUGAAGGAUUUAGGAGUGGCAGUGGAGAUAAAGAUGGACUAUAAGAGGAACUUGAUGGGUGGUAGCAAUAUGAAUGUAACAGCUGAGGAGAUAGAGAAUGGAAUCAGGCGCCUGAUGCAGCCCCAGAGUGAGACUUGGGUCAAUGUUGAAGCAAUGAAGUUGAAAAGUAGGAUGGCGUUGGUGGAAAAUGGAUCAUCUUUCGACUUCGUUGGACGUUUCAUAGAAAAUGUAAUGCACAAUGUGGCAUGACGACGUGAUAGCAAUUAAUUUCUUGUGUGCGUUACUUACCUUUUUCGUUGACUCCUUAGUUUUGAGCAGGGCGUGUCACACAAUCAUUUGUGUCUUGCACCAUAAAUAGACAGUUUACCUCUCACAUGAUAGAGGACUUAACUUAUUAAGAAAACCCCUAUAAAGUAAGAAAAUUAAAAAUAAUAAGGUUUAGAAUUAAAAAUAUUAUGGUUUGAAAAGUUGGAGAAGAUUUUCUGAUAAUUUCCAUUUCUUUCAUUGCACCCUUAUUUAUAGGCGUCCGCAGAUUUUAAAUCCGGGCUCCAAACUUGUUUUUAAUGACAUCAUUGUGUUCGUCAUCA